CAUUUAAAAUCUCAGCACUUUGAAUCAGACACUGUCUGACCCUCUUGCCCAUUGACAUUGCCUGAGGUGCAUUAAAUGAACAAACUAAUCAAUAAAUAAAAGACAAAUCUUUCUGGAUGAGGGGUUGCAGUGGCUGUUCCUGCCACCAGAGGGAGCACCGUAGCUCCACCCUUCAUAGCUGUCUCCUUCAACCGCCUUCCUUCUUCGUCGCGUCGGUCACGCUGCUACAAAGUCGCCGGUCCCCGAGCUCUGUCAGAAAAGCCUGAAAAAUGAAGAUCUGGGCGUCAGAGCAUAUUUUCAACCAUCCAUGGGAGACGGUGACCAAGGCAGCGAUGCAGAAGUACCCCAACCCCAUGAACCCCGGUGUGUUUGGUGUAGAUGUUCUUGACAGAAGCGUUGACCCAGAGGGACGGUUACGCAGCACCAGACUGCUCAGCACUGAGUGGGGGCUCCCGGCCAUGGCAAAAUCUAUGAUUGGGGUUACAAGAACAUGCACUUACGUCCAGGAACACUCGGUGGUGGACCCCAAAGAGAAAACAUUUGAGCUCCAGUCCACAAACAUCUCUUUUACCAACCUUGUGUCUGUGGAUGAAAAGUUGACGUACAAGCCACAUCCACAGGACCCUGAAAAGACGGUGCUGACCCAAGAAGCUUUGAUCAGCGUGAAAGGCAUCAGUCUGAGCAGUUAUCUCGAGGGUCUCAUGGCUAAGACCAUAUCUGUUAACGCUGGCAAGGGCCGAGAGGCGAUGGAGUGGGUCAUCAGACGAUUAAACACCGAAAUAGAGGAGCUGGCAGCCACUGCUCGUGGCUCCAUGCGUGUUCCCAUGGCAGCAGCUGUUGCGGAUAAAUGAUACCAGCCUUCUCUGGACUUACACCGCCAUCAUGAACCGAUGGACCUCUCAGCCCUUCCCCUCAAAGGGGACGUCUUAUCUCAUCUGCCAACACAGCCUAAGAAACCGCAGCUCCAUCCACAAGUCCUUCAUUUGUUUGUCAUUGUUUUGUUUUCCCACAAGAAUACGGUUUGUCCCUCCUCAGCAGUCUGUGCUGACGAGUCUCCAUUUGUCUCUGUGGGUGGGGACGAGGACUGUUGAGCUGAUGACAGUUUAAAAAAAAAGAAAAAAAACCUAGAACAAACAGGGUUGAAUGGGACUGCACUUGAAGCUCAUAGGACUUUGUCUUGUGAUGUGAAGGGUCUUUAAAAAUCACACUGUGCCUCCACAUCUUCUCAUCGGUGUCAACGUAUCCAUCAGACUCACCUUCGUCUCUAACGUGUCAUUGUAAUUUCAAAGCUUUGCUAAGCGGUUCAGUACAGCUGAGGUUCCCUUUUUGUACGUUUUGUGGACCUCGCCUUUAACUGUAGGCCUGGCCAAAAUGUCUGAACAUCAAGCUACCAGCACGAUUUGGUUCGGAGAAUAGCUCAAAGUAUGGGAAACUGUAAGUUGCUAAAGGACUCGGCCAGACAUCACAUGAGGUCAGAUUUGUGCUAUCGGGAUGUUAAAGGUAUGCUUCAAUGUGUGUUAGCACUCCUGUAAUGAACUCGUUUCCUGUCAGAGUAGAUCCGGGACAGAAAUGCGGGUCCCUGGGGGUUUUAAAGUGGCGCUGUAACUCCUUAGAUUUGGGCCACUAGGCCUGAGGUAAAUCGGGCUGUUCUGACUGCAGGCCUCUUCUCUCUGCGGUGGGUUUGCGAGAGGGCAGAUUGAGAAAGUACUUGACUUUUCGAAGUCACUUUGCAUUUUACAGUGAUGAUGUGCUGUGGAGUUAAGUGUUUCAGUUUAAGAAUGUUUAUACUUGAAUGUGUAACUUAUUUUCAGCAUGUCUACCUAACGUGGCAGACGGACUUGGAUGGGUAUUGAUGUGAAUGUUGUGUGUGUGUGUGUGUGUGUGUGGGCAUUCACCAUGUUUUGAUGGGCUGUGAACGUAUGCAGUGUCACUGACUGUGCCAACAUAUGAUGUAAAGAUUCAAAUAACUACAUCACAGCAUUUUAAUA